AUGUUGGGCCCGUGCAGUUCUGUUCUCGUGCUUUUGUCCGCGGUACUGGCUAAAAACACAAACGGCGAGCUCGCGAAUGAUGCUUCACUGAAAAUUAAUUCUGACGUGGCCGAUAAAAGCGAUUCAAUAUUUUUUGUUGUACCAAAGGAACCUGGGUUUGACUCGCAUCUCGUCAUUAAUGAUAUCAUAAAUGCGAAUAGACACGGUCUCAGUCAUGAAGUCGAUCAUCCGCAGAACGUACCUAAUUAUUUUACAGACGAUAACGUUAAACACAACACCGAAUCUGCAAAUGACGAUGCUGCAUAUAUACUUUAUCAUCUUCUUAGGAAUACCAACAACAACGACCAUUCCGAUUUCAAAGAGGCGAAAGACAGACAUCGUUCUGCUCUCAGAGCCCAAUGCCAGAAAGUAGAACACUGCGUCCAAAAAUGUCAUCUUAGCUGCAAAGAAAGUUACGACGAAUUCAACAUUUGCUCAUCGUAG